AUGGUUUUCACAGGACGUCAAUUUACGGAAAAGCUGUAUGAACAUCGAUGCAAGGGGUUCCUGGUAUUCGUAGACCUAUGGAAAGCCUACGAUUCUGUCAACCGUGAAAGUCUAUCGUUCGUCUUGGGAAGAGCUGGUGUCCCCGAUAGUCUCAUCCGCAUUAUCCAAGCUUUUCACGACAACAUGAAGGCAUCAUUGGUCAUUACGGACGUUGUAAAACGGCACAACGACUGCCAGUUUGCUGACGACUCUGCACUGGUUGCUACCUCCCAUGAGGGUGCACAACAGGCUCUGGCUGCCUUUGUACGUGUUGCUGGCGCAUUUGGCCUGAAGGUGAAUCUCGCCAAGACCAAGGUUAUGCCGGUCGGCUACGGACUCACAGCACAUGACCGCUUGCCUUUGAUGGUAGUGGGUGAUAUUGUUGAGAGCGUGGCUGACUUCAGGUAUCUCGGCGCCAUCGUACAUACAGAUGGUCGAUCGGCUCAUGACAUCAAGUCACGCAUUGCUGGAGCAUCGAGGGCCUUCAGGGCGCUGCGUCGUACGGUGUUCAUGGACCGCAAUCUAUCAGUUGCCACUAAGCGCCAGGU